UAGAGCGAUAUAACUGGCGGUGGUGGCGCUCAACUGUGGUAUCUGUCCUGCCGUUUCCCGGAAAAGUGAUCGGAAUUUAUCAGGACAGUAAACAGUGAAGGUAUAUUCGUGUUUCAAUGUUACAGAGGCGGUUGAUUUGGUCGAGUAUUUCGAAUCCUGUCGUCCAAUCAAACGGGAAUAGCCAGAGCAAAUGGAGUGUUAAGCAAGUUACAAAGUCCAACUUCUCAGCGGCAUUAGAAGAGAUAAGCACUUGCGUUUCCGAGUUUGAUUUCAUUGCCGUCUCAUUGAAGAAUACGGGGGCCUACUCUGCACCCUGGCAACGUAUUAUGCCUAUUGACACCGCCCACACCGCGUAUCUCAAAGCCAAAUAUGCUGCUGAACGGUUUCAGGUCCUUCAGUUCGCCCUGUGCCCCUUUAAAACAAAGGGUUCCAAGCUCAUAGUGCAACCAUACAACUUUCAUCUGUUCCCUCGCGAUGAGUUAAAAAUCGGGAUGCCUUCUUAUAGUUUCUCUUGUCAAUCAUCAUACUUGACCUCUAUGGCUCAAGAAGGUUUUGAUUUAAAUGCCUGCAUAUAUGAUGGCAUAUCAUAUUUAUCCAAAUCACAAGAAUCAGCUGCAGUAGAUAGAAUUGGAAAUGCAUCACCUAUAGGCUUUACCGCUCAAAAUCCAUCAGAAUAUACAGUUGCUGAUUCUGUAUUUGCAGAAAGGAUCAAAUCUCGGGUUAAGAACUGGAUAACUGCUUGCAAAGAAACAAACAAGAUGCCUGAAGAUGCUUUAAUCAGUUCCUUGAGAAAAAUUGUCUCGGGAGAUGAAGUAUAUGGAUCCAGACCAUGCUUGAGCAUAGAUGUCUGCAGUGAACGUCAAGUGCGCCUUGUGAUGGAGACACUGAAAGAUUCCGUUGACGUCAUACCUUUGCUAACCGCAGCAAAGGGAGGGACAAUAAGGUCUGUUCGAGUUGUUUUGACAAGUUCAGAAGAAGACAGGAUUCUUUUACUGAAGGAACUUCAAAGUGAGGAGAAGGAGCAUAAUAAGCUCCUCCGUGGCUUUCGAGAGGUGAUCGAUUUGAUCUCCGCUUCUCAGAAACCUGUUGUUGCCCACAACUCCCUUAAUGAUUUUACUUUCGUUCAUUCCAAGUUCUUAGCUCCAUUACCAUCAACGCUGGAAGAAUUCAGAAGUUCAUUAUGUUUGGUCUUCCCGAAUGUGCUUGAUGUCAACCAUCUUAUGAAGGAAAUCAGUCCUAUGACAAAAGUGAAUAAUUUGCCUGCAUGUAUCUCAUAUUUGAAACAACGGUUUUAUGCCCCUAUUGAUAUAGAGAUACCUAACCAAGCUGAGGUGAAUGAAGUGAAGACUCUUGGACAUGAUGUUGUGAAGAUAAGCCAGUUGUUCGCAAAGCUGUCCUCCAUAUUGAAAAUUGCUCCAAGAACUCCUAAAACUGUCGAGGGACAUUUGCCUGAUGCAAUUGAAUGCUACACAAACUCGUUCAACCCUUGCUUUACCAGUUCUCAUGGUCCCUCUGAUGAAGAUGUUAGUGUGUGGACUGACAAUACUAGAAAGAUCAGUAUUAAAAAUCUAGUUUUCCUAUGGGGAUUCAGGGGUGUGACAUCUGCAGGAAAGCUGAAGAGCCUCCUAUAUGGUUCACAUGAAGUUUUCCAUAAUGAGUUUGAUGUUAGGAUGGUGGAUAAAAGUUGUGCAGUGGUUGCUUUUGGGAAUCCUGGCUUUUCGGAAGUCCUGUUGCAGCUAUUGGACUCUGGAGGAAUCUGCACUAAUACCCUGAAGGAGAUGCUGGCAGAUGGCCUGACAGCUGCAGGUUAUGAGACCUACCAGAAAGUCUGUGAGUUGGGUCCAUGGGAAGCAGAUUUAGCCAGUUCGAUGGAAAAGGCUUUGGAAGAAACUGAGAGCUUCUCAGAAGCUCAGUCGAAAGAGCUGUCAAGGAUAUGUUGGAAUAAUGAUGAAAUGAUUAACCUGGAUGAUCUUUAAGAUGCUUCAUAAAUCUGAAUCAUAUCAACCAUUACCAGAGCCAAGACUGACUGAUUGUGGUAUGCCGAUUUUCAUCACAUAUGUUUUGUUUAUUGUCCUAUUUGCUGCCAUUGGAGAUGUAUGCAGGAAUGAAAUUGAUAAUUGAUGCAUCAAAUGGAGAGUAGCUUUUCAA